CAGCUCGGGCGGCGGGCGGCGCGCGGGGGGCGGCGGCGCCCGAGCGGACACGAGCCGGCCAGCAGCAGCCGCGGCGGCGCCGCAGGGACGAGCGCCCAGGGUCGGUCUGGGGUUCUAGCAGCCGGCACGAGCCCUCCCAGCCCCGACACCCCACCCCCACGUGGAAGAUGCCUGAGCAAAGCAACGACUACCGAGUGGUGGUGUUCGGGGCAGGCGGCGUAGGCAAGAGCUCGCUGGUGCUGCGCUUCGUGAAGGGCACGUUCCGAGACACCUACAUCCCCACCAUUGAGGACACCUACCGGCAGGUGAUCAGCUGUGACAAGAGCGUGUGCACCCUGCAGAUCACCGACACCACGGGCAGCCACCAGUUCCCGGCCAUGCAGCGGCUGUCCAUCUCCAAGGGCCAUGCCUUCAUCCUGGUCUUCUCCGUCACCAGCAAGCAGUCGCUGGAGGAGCUGGGGCCCAUCUACAAGCUCAUCGUGCAGAUCAAGGGCAGCGUGGAGGACAUCCCUGUCAUGCUGGUGGGCAACAAGUGCGAUGAGACGCAGCGGGAGGUGGACACCCGUGAGGCCCAGGCCGUGGCCCAGGAGUGGAAGUGCGCCUUCAUGGAGACGUCGGCCAAGAUGAACUACAACGUCAAGGAGCUGUUCCAGGAGCUGCUCACGCUGGAGACACGGCGGAACAUGAGCCUCAACAUCGACGGCAAGCGUUCCGGCAAACAGAAGAGGACAGACCGCGUCAAGGGCAAGUGCGUCCUCAUGUGAGCCAGGAUGCCUGCCCGCCCGCCCGCGCCGGCCGCUGUCCGGGCCCCAUGCCUCUCCCCACACUCCCACCUGUCCCCCUCGUUCCCACCUUCCCUCUCUGUCUCAUCUCUUCCUUCAUUCACCAUCUCCGCCAGGGAAACUGAGGUCCCGGCGAGCCCGAGGCAGGUCUGCAGCUCCAACCUGGCUCUGCGUCCCACCUCUGCCCCCCACCCCCUGCCCCGUAUCCUAUCUGCACCCUCCAAAGCCAAGUGCUAGAGGGAACCCUUGACCUGCACAUGGGGAGAUGGGGAUGCUACCUGUCCCUGUCGGCACUACGGAUGCUGGGUUUUCCUUGUCUCUGUCCUUCUCCAUGUCUCCCAGGACCCUCAUCUCUGCCUCUUACCCCCCAGCCAGGCCUGCACACCCCAUCCCCCUGCCAUUAAGAUCACUGUGACCUUGCCGGGGGAGGGGGUUGAAAUGCACAUGGACCAGAUUUGUUUUCUCCUAUUUGGUGUUCAACAUACAGUGUCCCUUCUCCAUCCCUCAUGACCUCUGGCCUGUGCCCCCCACCCUGGGUCUCAGACCAGCUCUCCUCUCACCCAUGUCCCCACAGCUUGGGUUGGGGGGCGCCUCGCAGGAUGGGUCUCAGGCCUCCAGGCAAUAACCACAGGGCCUGCAGCAGCACCUGCCAGCCCGGAACCCCACUCUUCACCCAGCCUGGGUCUGGGGCAGGAGGCCUGUUACCAGCCGAUGGCCGCACAACUCCAGGGUCUGUUGGGUGUGAACAUGCAGGACCUUCCCAGACAUGGCCUGCAGGCAGUUUGGCACAGUUUGGCACCACCGAGCCCUGGGCAGGGGGACCUGGGGUGUGGGGGAAUGUGAGGGCACAGGGCAGAGCUGUGCCCAGCUCACUUCCUCCCACCCACUGUGCCCUAGAGAGGGGACCGCCUGCGGACAUAUGUUCUGAGUGUGUUUGAGAGAGACUCUAGAAAACUCUACACCCCUGGGCCCCUGUGGAGCUGCACCUGACACGUAUGAAGGUGCCCUGCCGCCCAGGCUGGGGGUGACCGUGGGUUGGUGUGUUUGUGCAGUUUGGUGUGUGUAUCCAGACGGCCUGUGUCUCAGUGCGUGUCUUGUGUGCACCACGUGUUUGUGGUUCUCACUGGAUGGUAUGUUCAUGGGCCUGUGUAUGUAGUGAUGUAGGAUAUACAUAGGGGGCUAGGGCUGUUGUCAACAGGACUGGAUAUUUGUGUCAGUGUGAACCUUUGUACCCACAUGAGCCUGACUGUAAAUGUCUGUAUUUGCAGGAAUGUAUGACAUGGUUUGUCAGAGAGCAUCUGUGAGCCUGUUUGCUCUGUCUGAGGAACAUUAAGCCUAUUUUACCUUGUAGCAAAGUGACUCUCAGCUCAAACUCUGCAUCAGUCAGCCAUUGCUGUGGAACAGAUGAGCACAAACUCAGCAACUUGAAACAAUGUACGGUUAUCAUCUCCCAGUUUGUGUAGGUCAGGGGUCUGGGCACAGCUUAGCUGGGCUCUCUGCUCAGGCUCUCUGGAGGCUGCAAUCUGAGUGCCGGCCAGGCUGCAGUCUCAUCUGACGGCCCGACUGGGAAGGAUGUGCUUCUGCACUUGGCCAUGGGCAGCACGCAUUUCGCUGUGGCUGCAGGUCUUAUGUCAGCUGCAGCUCUCCUCAGCUCCUUGCCACAGGGCCUCUUCCUGGGCAACUGGCCACACCGGGUGUCAGGAAGGCGUGCGUGUGUGUGCUUAUGCCCGUUAAGGCUGACCUGUGGCAUGUGCGCAUGAGGCAGAAGCCAUGUGGCCAUACAUGGGACCACACGGGACUGUACAUAGGUAAGAGGGAUUGUUUGUGUCCAUGUUGGUAGCAGUGUGUUUGUUUUUCUGUUCACUCCACAAAUGUUUACUGGCUGUGCUAUGCGAGAGAAGGAGGGAGUGUGCAUAUGUUUGCAUGUAUGUGUUCCUGCCUGGCACAUGGACAGGCCAAUGGAAGCAUCUGGCUGAGCACAGCCGAGCCCCUUUACCCUGUGGUGGGUUCAGGGCCCAACAGCAGCUGAUGUUGCCCCCUCCCCUGCCUUUGGAGUGUUUCUUGGGUCCUGAAGGUGCUGGAGAGGGUGGGGUUGGGCAGGGGUCUGCGGCCCUUUCUCAGGGACACACCCUGAUAGCACAAUCUCCCUGGGGCCCUGCCUGCCUCCAGGCCGCUCCCGACCCGGGGAAGGAGGGGCACUGCAGCAGGAGGGGCCCAUCCUGCCUGGGCACCCCUGGUUCUUGGGACUGUGCCAGGCCAUGCUUGCUGUGACCACACCCCUGCCCCAUUUCCCCCCGCAUGUGGGUGCCCCCUGCCCCCCAUUGGGGUCUGUGUAGCAUUUGCUGUAGAAAUAGUCUUCCUGCAAUAAAGAAGUGGAC